GCUGUGCAUUUAAAACCAAGCCCACUGGACCCUUCAGGCGGCUACUCGUUCUGAAAUCCUAGUUGAACGCCCACUGCUUGCACGCUCUAGGUCGCCUACCAUGACCCUCUGCGGGCAUGCAUAUCGUUGCAGCACGUAAAGACGUUAGAUCGAUACAAGGAAAAAGCGUCUCGGUCUCGAGAGACAACCCGGCGGUGGUCGACUUCCAGGAGCGCGCCGUGGCCGCUGGCUGGCGCUGCUGCAGAAAAGCACUCAACCAGUCUUUGCGGCGGCGCACAGGACAGGAGGGGCGCCGUCGUUGACGUGCCGGGUCAAGGAACAGAGAUGGCGACGAACUCGGGCGGGGCAUUUCGCCAGGCUUACGGCGCGUACAAUGAUGAGGAGUACAUGUUUGACGAUGACAUGGACUACGUGCCGCCUGCGCGCAAGAAGCCGGCUUUUGGUGGAAAGGAGAGGCCGACAAACAAACGACCGACCCCGGCGCACUCACCCCCGCCCGGCGCGGGCGGUCUUGCGACCAGUCCAAAGGCUGUGAGGUCUCGACCCACCAACAACCAGCUGCUUUACAAGGCGUACUUCCGCUGGGCGCACUAUCCUCACAAGCUGAAGAACGCAAACAUGCCCGUUGAGACGGACGCGUGCGCGAGUGUCACAGCUGCAUUCUUGCAGGUUCUGCAAAUUAUGCAGACCGCGGAGCAGCUACGACAUGGCGGUAACAAGCGCAACGUGUUGCAGAUUCUCUCGAGCAAUACGCGACGCACUAAAGUGGUGGAAUUGUCUUCGGGGACACACAGGGUGCCUGACGAGCUGAAGAAGCACUACCUAUCCGACGGAGAAGGCGGGCAGUACAGCACCAACCUGGACCGCAACCGCUACGGCAACGAUGACAACUACCUGUUCACCGUCAUCCGGUACGACCUGGAGUUCCUGGGGCUGUGCCCCUGCAUGGUGGACGUGGAGAUCAUUGACGCCAAACAGGGCAACUCCUCCAUCAUCGUGUCUGCGGGGACGGAGGUGUGCACGUGCCAGGGCGGGCCGCCGCUCGGCAGCGCGGCGGUGGGCACCGGGGCCGUGGGGCCGCUGGGCUCGGGCGGUGCCGGCGGCGUGGGCGCCGUACACCCGGGGCACAUGGCGGCGGCCGCCAUGGGGCACAUGGGUGGCCCCCCCGCACAGACAUUCAGUGGCGGCGACCGACAGGCCAUAGUCAUGAAGUCUGAGUACCACGCGCCCGACGCGGCGGCGGCUAUGGGUGCACUGGCGGCGGGGGCCAACGGCGCGUAUGCGGCAGCAGCAGGCAUGGGGCUGGCGGCCCUUCCGGGGCUGGGCGUAGCUGGGUUGCCCGGCCUCCCAGGGGUGCCUGGCGUGCCGCCGGGCGUUCCCGGUGUGCCGGGUGUGCCGGGCGUACCCGGCGUGCCAGGCCUGGGGCCAGCCGACAUGACCGCUGUCGCGGGCGGUGCAGGGCCGCCGCUGUUCGGGCCAGGCGGCUUCCGCGGUCCGGCUGCUGCGGCGCUGGGCGGCGGGCCAGUGGGUCGCGAGAGCCCAAAACGUUCCGGCACCUCGGUCAGCCAACUGUUUGACGCGCUGGUGAUGGCGGCGACAGGCGGCGCAGACGGCGCGGCAGCGGCAGGCGGUCUGGGUGGCGAGCCGCCCGUUACCAGUCCCGCACACGUGGACCAGCCGCGGACUACAGCCGGCGGUAUGGCAGGCGGCGCCGGGGUUGGUGGUGCGGCGGGCGGCGCCACUCAGCGGCUGCAUCCGCCGCCUAACCGCAACAAGAGCAAACUAUGGUCACUCAACAACCUUUCCUACGGCGGCGAGGUGGACAGCCUCCAGAACGCGCUGGACGCCUUUCGGGAGCAGGACGAGAUCGCCAGUGGGGACCCUGCCGCCUUCCUGGCUUCGGGGCUGGGGCCGGACGGCAGCACGGGCGGCGGGCUGCAGCGCUCCGACUCUCUGCGGCAACGGCGGCGCAAGCCCGUGCGCAACAGCUCCAUCCUUGGCCGGCCCGCCAGCAGCAGCGGUAUGGCGCCCCUGGGCUCCAAGCUCAUGGGCGGAGCCAUGAGCCUACGGGAGAAGUCGGACGAUAACCUGAAGCUAGCAGCUGCGGACCCAGACCUGGGCGCCGCAUUGGGCGCCAUGAACGCCGGGGCGCACCCGGCCGGCAUUCUGCCUGGGGCCAGCUUCCAGGCGGGAGAUGGACGCGCGGGACCGGGACUGGGGAAUGGCGGUGGUGGUGAUGGUGCAACGCAGGUGAGUAGCCUGGCCAGCGGCGAGGACGACAACGACGGCGGCGGCGGCGACCAGGCGGACGACGGCACCGGCGGCGACGAGGCGCUAGCGGCGGGCAAGGGCGAGGACCUGGGGGUGGAGGGCGAGGGCGAGGCCGGCGGCGAGGGCGGCGAAGAGGGCAUGGGCGAGGGCGCAGAGGAGGGCGGCAUGGGCCGCGGCGGCGCCGGCGUCGGCCCCACUGCAAGCGGCACGUUGCGCGCUGGCGCUUUGGGCGCGAGGAGCCCUCUGCGCCACCAUGUGCGACACGUGCCGCGCCAGUCGUCAGUGGCUAAUCUGGCGCCCCGGGUGGCGGGUGCGGGCGCGGCGGGUGGGGCGGGCGGCGUGGGCGCGGGCGCGCUGGGGCUGCUGGGCCCAGGCGGCCUGGGCGGGUCGGCUCAGGCCGCGAUUGCGGGCGAGCAGCUCAAGCGCCUGGCCAAUGAGCUGGAGGUGAUGAGGGCCGAGAACCGCUCGUUACGGCAGCAGCUGCAGCGCUCCGGCAGCUCCACCGCCGCACAGCUAAACGCGGCAGCUACGGCGGCGGCAGGCGGUGCGAGCGCAGGAGGUGGUGCGGGUGCGGGUAACGCCGCCGCCAACGGGUCGCCCAGCAUUGCCAAGGUGGACGCCAGCGAAUCGGCGCGGUUGCGGAAGCUGGAGUCUGAGCUGGCUUCCCUGCGCGGCGAGCUGCAUGGGCUGGGUGACGCCAAGAAGACCGCCGAGGACGAGGCCACGCGGCUGCGGCGCGAGCUCCUGGCCAGCCAGCAGCAGGUGGCGGCGCUGCUCAACAAGGUGCUGGGCGGCGCCGCCUUGGCGGGCGAGGGCGCGGGCGGCGACUCGGCGCAGCUGGCAGCACAGCUGGCUGCCACCAUGAAACAGGCAGCGGGUGGCGGCGGGCCGGACGCGAUGGCGGCGGCACCCGCGGCGGGCGGCAGCAGUGGCGCCACAGCGAAGGUGGGCACUAGUGUGCCGGCCGACGGCAGCGAGUCCCGGAAGCGCAGCGCUGAAGAGGCCGGCAUGCGGGCAGCGGACGGCAGUGGCAGCUCGGAAGAGGGCGUCGCGGCGAAGAAGAUGGCUGUGGAGAGCAGCGCUGGCGGCAUGACGGGUGGCAGCAGCAGCGGGGGCGCUCUGGACAGCCUGCCCAGCCUGUGCCCGGUGACCGGGGUGGCUGCCGCGGCCAGCCCUGCGCCGGGUCAGGCCCAGGCAGCGGGCGUUGGCGCCGCGCUCCCGGCCGAGUCGGUGCUGACGAUGACCACCACCCGCGCCGACAGCAUGUGCUUCUCCGAUUUGCAGCUGCUGGGCCCGCUGCCAACCCUGGACGGCCUCGAUUUCCUAGCACCCACCGCACUGGACGCAGCUGUCAGCAGCCGAAACGUGUCAGCGCCGCCCGUGGGACCCGCCGGCCCUGGGGCCGGUUCCGCCUCGGGGUCGGCGUCACUGCCCCAGGUGCCGGCGGGGCUGUCUGGCACGCUUGGGGCGGGCCAGCAUACCGUCCCGCAGGCCUGAGGCCGGGCGGUGUACUCCGUUUUUGCAUGGCAUGUCGCCAAUUUUGACGUCGCUCGGUGAGCUUCAUAUGGCACCUGGUGAGCUAGCACAUGCUACACGAGGGGUCAGAGAAGAGAGAGAACAAAGAACGGGUCCCGCUAGUGCUUAAGAGUUGCCGCUGCGUUGUGAGCAGCCGGUGUUCUUGUAGCACGCGUGGGCACCUCAGUCCAGUAUGUCAGUGGAGCAGCUGCAUGGGAGCGGGGGACUGGGCAGUGUGCACACCGGGGGCAUGCAUGGGUCAGGAGCAAUGCCUUUCUGAGUGAGGGGAUAUCGGCCUAGAUGGCGGCCAAGUGUGGACGUGAGUGUUGGUAGGUAUGGGCGUGCUGUGCCUGGCAGGGCAAGCGCUGCUGCCAUGUAGGCCAGCGGCAUGUGGGUUGUAUUUGGACGUCGUCUGGUGUUAGUAUACCGUGUGUUAUGUUGUCAGAGGUGGGCGGCUGGGCUCGGGCGCAGUACUGGGGCCGCCCUAUAGGGUAGGUGCCUGGCCCCGCUUGAGACAGGGCCGGCGUCAUGGGCCCAUGCCAAGGGAGAGUGGACGAUGAUGUUGCGGUCGUUGCCGUGCACGCAAUUUACGUGUGUGGGCGCCUUGCGCAUUGUACCGUAUUUCUGGUAGUGAGCUUCUGACGGUCCCGCUUGCACAUUCUGGCACCGGUCGCUGAUAUAUUGAACGGUUGCUGACGAACGAAGUGUCCUUAUGUCGUAAAGUGCGGGACCGUAUGAAGCGUAUGCUUGUUCAGCAGCACGACUUCUGGGCAUGCAUGCACUUGGUUCCGGUUUCUUACAGUACGUCUUGAGUUGGGGCUGGCAAGUAGGUGAUGGGGGUAGCUGGGAAUUGCGGCGAGGAAGCGCCGGGGCGGCUGCACGCUUGCGCACCCACGCCUAUGUGUAUAUUCCAAGAUGAGUCUCAAAGAAAUGUUCACUGGUCCUUGCUGACGGUUCUGGGACGUAUGGUUUUUGUGCAGUGCCCCCCCAGCGAAGCGUUCCAGGGGGGGGGGGGGCGAAGCCCCCCAGGAACACCCCUGUCCGUGGCGUCGGCAAAACAUACCGUAGCAUACUGGCGCAAACCGCGACUGCUACGUAUUAGUAUUUGUUAAUGCCUAUUGCAUAUAAAUAGGCGGCGGGGAAAAUUCGGGCGGAGCGAGAGGUGCCUUCGCACGUCCAUGGACAAUUGACUUUCGCGAGGUUGCCCGAAAAGCAAGCCAUGGCUUUGCGCAGUAUGACUUCUGUACGUCGUAAAUGUGCUACAAAGACACAGCAGACGGCGAGCCGUCAUAAAGAGCCUGUCACCGUUGUCCAUUUCUGUAGCGGCUCGCUCUCACGCCUCUUUCUUCCUGGUCCGGGCGCAACCCCCAGUGGACGCGUCCGGAUUUGCGGGGAUGCCAAAGGCCCCCAACAUAGAGGCGUGUGCUUAGUAGGCGCCCGCGUCAAGGUGGCUGGGUUGAUAACGACCCGGGAUCAGCCCUUUUCCUGCCUCCCUAAGGCAGGUGUUGGGCAUGUGGUGUUGACAUGCAGGAUGGGGACCGGCGUCACUGGUUUUGGGACUGCACUGUGGCGCUGUCCCUGCGGGAACACAUGGGAAUGGCUAUGGGUUUCAUGCCAGAGGAUGCUCUAGGUGCCUUCUCUCGUGAGGAGUUGUGGUUGGUGCGCCCGCCUGCGGGGCUUGCGCCACCUGUGUGGGAUGUGGUGUGUCUCGCUGCUAUGUCUGCCCUGGACUUUGGUCGGCAGCGUAUGGUUAUGGCCGGGCUGGCGGCGCGAGCGAAGCUGCCGUCGGCCCGGGUGCUGAGCAUUGGACUUGCCGUCGUAGCUGACUUCUGGGGUCGGCUCCAGACGUUUGUGUCUUUGGGUAUCAGGCCGAAGGGUUGGGACACUGUGCCGUCUGCGCAUCCUUUCAUCUCUCGGGCUGUUGGUGACGGCAUGGUUUUGCGCUUGCCGUAUGACGCUGAUUCCCCGCCUCCUCGCCGUGAGAGGUUGUGCGUGGUUGGUGGCUUUGUGCGUGGGCAGGUUGUACGCGUGGGCGACCGUUCUAGUACCUGGACGCUUGCGCCCUGGUUAGUGCGUGUGCUGUGCAUGUGUCCUGCGGCCUAGACGUUUCCCGGCACUUCUGUGCCUAGGCUUGUGACGUUGAGGCACAGCGGUGGGGCUCUGGCGGGUUGAGGCUUGGCUAGGACUCACUGUGCGCGGAGUCACACGGACUUUGCCCGCGGGAGGGUUUGCAGCAAAGUCGGGGUUGGUGGAGUCAUGUUGGGCCCUGAUAGCAUGUGAUGGCUCGGCGUCUUCGGGUGCUGGGACUGUCCCCUCUGUAACAUCCGCAUUCC